AAGAACUGAUUCUGGAUUUUAUUCGUGUUGAUUGCCCUAGCUCGAGCUGUGACUGAGAGGAGGUUUGUUUACCAAUGAUUAUGUGAUUCUUGUUGAAGGAAGUAGUUAGUUACGAAGAACUGAGAUUUGCUGAGUUUUCAGCUCGAAGGUGGCGACCAUGGAUCUCAUCACGCGCGAUGAGCCGGUCGUGCUCAUAACACCACAAUUCAAGACGACAGCUGUGCUGAAUCAAAAGAUCACCAUGAUAAAUCGGCAGAAAGUUGACACGACGCCGGCUAUAGGAAUGCCGUUCGACUCUGUGUUUGAAAUGCAAAAGACGUCUGGCUCGUCGAAUCGUCCCGUCUUCAAACUGGUCCUGCUACCCGGUGAACGCAACCUGAUGAAGUCUGAUGAACGUGAUGUACAAGCGGCUGGUGAUUAUGACAAUCGCAACCUAAAGGAUGAUGGUUCGUCUCAAGCAUUGGACUAUGAGGAGAUUGAGCGCCUGAAGGCUGGAGGUCUCCGCGAUCAGGCUAUGGUGGAUCAUCUAGUGGCACACAGCAAGACGUUUGAAGAGAAGACAGACUUUUCCAAGGCGAAGUACCUGAAGAAAAAGCAGGCCAAGUACUGCUGCCGGGUCAAGAUCUGUCGUCCUAAUAUUCAGUUGAUGUGGGACCAGUUCUCAAACAAUGUUGGCAAUCUCAAGGACAACAAAAUCUGCCAAUUGCGACUCGACACGAUAUCUCAGAUCGUCAAUCAAGCUGAUGUUCAGUUUGGGUCACGCCUUCUGCUGGUGGAAAACUGCAUGGGCCUGGUUGCUGCAGCAAUGUUAGAACGACUUGGAGGCUCGGGAUCUCUUGUGCACAUCCACAACUAUCAGAGCAAUCACUCAGUCAUUUCGAAAACUCACCGCGGUGAAAUCAGAAUACCCAUCAUCCCUGCUGUGUGCUCCCCUAAACUCCGUAAAACACUUAUAGACUUGCCGCUGGCAGAGUUGACUUGGAUGCUGGCAGAUGAACACUCCUGGCCAUCCAGGCUCAUCGAAUGGGCAGACUCCCAUCCAUCCAGUGACCUGCACUCAUUACUUGACAACUUUGAGCCCUCAAUCGAAGAGUCAUCUGAGAUGCCACGCUUGCCGGGGGGACGGAGGCGGCAAGCCCCUUCGCGUCAACAACAGCGGCAGGACACUGAAAAGGGAACAGAUGAAGCCAUGGACACUGAACAGGUGGAUCGCGAGCCCGUGCAAGCAGACACAGACAAUGGCGAUGUGCAAAGCGGUACUGCAACGUGCACUGAAACAACUUCCUCUGCCGCCGCAUCAGAGGAGACAUCGGAAUCCAGUCUGAGUCGAGACCAGGUCCCCGCAGCUUGCAUGCCAUGUGAGCCCAUGGCCAUGGACAGCAAGCUGGAGCGUAUAAUCAUGCUGUCACGCUUGAAGAGAGACCUCUGGAAAGGCAACUACCAUGGCCUCAUUCUGUGCACAUCGUAUCGUCCUUGGCCGCUUGUUGAAAAGCUGAUUGGCUUUGUUGGACCUUCCCGGCCCGUCGUCAUUUAUAGCCGCUACAUGGAGCCACUGAUGGAGUGCUUUGACAACAUGAUUGCAUCGUCCACAUUCAAUGCUGUGCGAAUCAUUGAGCCUUGGAUGCGAGAACACCAGGUCCUACCUGAUCGUAGCCACCCACUGAUGCGCAUGGUAUCAAGUGGUGGAUACCUGCUGGUAGCAACGACGGUCAUGACAAAGACGGUGGCCAAGUCUCAACUGCCACACUACAAAGUGCGUGCCCACCAGGAGCAUUCAGUCAUGGAAGGGGAGAAUGUGGUGCAAGAAGCGCUGCGCAUCCUGCGCGAGAAAGGCCUUCAAGUCGGUGGUAAUCAGACUGCACAUGGAUCCUGCGGAGCAGCGUCCGCCGUUGAUACUACAGUACAGGAGAUGGACACAGCUCCAGGUCAAUCUCUGGACCGUGAGACAUUGUCUCACAUACCAGCAGCAGCAGCAGGAGCAGAAGCAGCAGCAGCAGCAGUGACGGUAGCGACAGCACCGGGACCAGUGUCUGGCAGUGAGCAGCAGAAUGCUGGUGAGAUGAGAAUCUCCACUGCUCAGACUGGUACUACCCUGAGUGGUAGCUGUGCUGCUUCAGCUGCAGGGCCACCUGCGAGCAGAACAGUUGCUCGCGGCAGUCCUGCCAGCGAUGCUCACGAGGGCAACACUGACCCCCCGUGUUCAGAAACGGCUGUGACGGUCAGUGGCCCUCCUGCUGCUGGCAUUUCAUUCGCUGGCAAUUGUGCUGUGCCGGCCCUCUCACAGGUCGAAUGUGGUGUGGUGACUGGCAGUGAGCCUGGAGGUGUUUCUGAGAAUAUGUCUGGUGUGCGGUGUAGUGAGAAGAGCCAAGCAGUCGCAGCAGCUGCAGACGACAUGCACACUGAAGCUGAACUCUCAGACCUACCUGCGGAAGAUGAAUGUGAAAUGGCAAUUGACGUCCUCUCUGUGUCCAGUGAGGAUUCACCUGCUUAUGCAUGUCUGUGGGGAGACGAAUCAGGAAGUGAAACUGAAGCGGAUUCCAACAAGCCGUUCACAAUUCUCGACUUAGAAGCUGAAGAUGGCGAUGCUGGUGCAACAUUAGUUGAAGCUGAAGAGGAGGCGGUGUACCGCAGCAGCAACAGCAGCGACAGUAAGAAUGCCACUGCGAAUUCGUCGGUUGCUAGCUCUACUGGUGCAGAGGUACGUCAGCCUGACACACCAGUCUCCCCCGUCUUUGCCAGAGAUGUGGACAGUGAUGGUCAGGGCAUUGCCGCUGUCAACCGUGCUCUACGCCGUAGGAUCACGAUCCGCUCGCCUACCCCGGAAGAACCUAACACGAGAAGUAGAACGGGGCCGAAACUGGAGAGUGAGCCAAGCGAUGCGCUAACUUGCCCAGCAGUAGCAGUAUCUACUCAGUCUGCCAGGGUCACGUCUGUUGAGCCGUGUUCAGCAGCAUCUACACGUGCACAGCCGCCGCCAACGACACCUGAUCAAGAUGGGUCCGCUGGCGACGGGCCUACAGCAGUCGCUGGUGUGCACGCUGCUUCAGAGGGACGGCAGCUGUCAGCGUCGUCGGCCUCUGCUGCGGAGGCUGCGGCGGCAAAUAGGUCAGCAGUGACAGUGUCCGGUGAUGGUGCACUCUCUAAGACUUUACCAACUCAGUGCGGCCCUGCUGCUGCACUCGUGUCCAAGCCAACAGCUGAUACCCCAUCUGCUAGUAGCACACCCCAGGAGCAAAGCGCCAGCAGCUCCACAACGGAAAGAAGACCACAACAGCUAGUGCAGAAUGAUAUCAAACACGCUUGUAAGACGGAGAUACUGUUAAAAAAACAGGUGACCUUGCUUUCAACGUUUAUCCGCAACACGCAGAAUAAGGAAAUGCAGAAGAGGGUGCAGUGUGAUUUGAAAGAAGCUCAGAACAAGCUCGCAAUCUGUAGCAAAGAACUCGUGAAGCUGAGGGCUGAGCUUCAUUCUGUCCUGACCUAUCAUAGGAUGAAGAGAAUAAAUUUAAGGGACUCGCAGCCGGCGAUGCCACCAAAGGUAGCCCCGAACCCACAACAACACCCCCAUAAUCCGAAAAGGGUCUCAAAGCACCAAAAAAGACUGGCUGUGAGAGCGGAGAGACAAGCGCGCAAGCGAGCUGCUAAAUCGGCAACACAAGGCACAGAACAACACUCAGCCGGUGGUGCAGCUCCAGGACUAGGCAUGCCUGCUGGCGGUGCAGCUGCAAGCACAGCAGGAUCAGCAGCAACAGCAGCACGCGUCGCAUCUCAUGAUACUGCAGCUACAGCAGCAGCAGCAGCAGCAGAGGUGAACUAUGAUCCAAUGUCUGUGUUCUGUAAACGUGUUCACUCGCAAAGUGCAUCGCGAUCGGGUGACGAGGCAGUCGGGGGACAGCCGCACCCUGACGAGGCAGUUGGGGGACAGCCACACCCUGACGAGGCAGUCGGGGGACAGCCACACCCUGAGCCACAGCAGCAAGCACACAUCCAGCACAGCUGGGGCAACCCAUCACACUCACAGCCAAUGCAGCAAUUCGAAAAUCAAGUAGUGCGGCAGCAGCAGCAGCAGCAGCGAACACCUGUAGUUCAUGCCCAACAAUCACCAGGGCAUCAGAGACAAGAGCAUCCAUGGCAGCAGCAGCAGCAGCAACCAACCCAUCCGUGGCAUAAGCAGGCUCAGCAGCAGCAGCAUCCGUGGCAUGAGCAGCCUCUGCCUGGUGUCGCUUUGAAGAGCAACAAUGCCUCCGUUCACUCCCACCAGCAGCAGCACCAGCAACAGCAGCACCAGCAGCAGGAGAAUAAGAGCACAGGUCAGCAGCAGCAUCAUUUCUCAUCAGCAGGCCUACGCCAUAAGUCCGUAUCAACGCCUGCUGCCUCUAUGACAACGUACCCAUCUCAUGCAUCCUACUUGAGUUCAGAGACAGGCAGUCGCGGAUCUCUGUACAUUGCAGGGAACACGGCGGCCGCAGUUGGACAAGCUCCUGCAUCUACAGCUGUGCAGCAGAGCCGUUGCAGUGCUGGUCCUGGCACUGGGACAAGCAGCAGUAGGACAAGCAGCAGCAGCAGCAGCAACCCUUACCGAGCAACGUCACUGAGUACCCCUCACCCUCCACCACUGGCAGCCAAUAGUGUGCAAUUGUCAUUGUCCAUUGACGCCACGUCACCACUUGCUUCUAUAUUUCAAGCUGCAUGCAGCAACGCAUCAGCAGCAUACAAUAGUAACCAAGCACCGCCUCGCACGCCCUCUCCGCUUGAUAUCGGACAUGUACAAUACGGACAUCCGCAGGUAUCACCCACUGGUCAACGGCAUACAUCCACAUCUAGCUCGGCGGGUCCUAACACACGGAGCAGAUCAAGAGCCUCGGGCUCCCAGACCGGCCAUUCCUCGCGCGCCCGCUCUCCAAUGUCACGCGGCCCUCUUGAGCACGUCUCCCCGUCGCAUCGACGCCAGUUAUCCGACCUCCGUGCACGCAGCCACCCACAGCCUGCGCAUGCUGGCCGUGGUAGUAAAACCUCCUCGAACUCCUGGUCAACGUCUUGAACUUACGGAGUGAAUGUAAGUUAGCUUUGCAUCGCCGUGGCGUAUCUUAGUUUUUUUAUGACGGAGUAGAAAUUACUGCAGUGUUAGUACCGUGUGCUGUUGUGUGUAUGUGUGUGCUGUUGUGUGUAUGUGUGUGUGUGCUGUUGUGUGUGUGUGUGUGUGUGUGUGUGUGUGUGUGUGCACGCGCGUGUGCGUGCGUGUGUGUGUGUGUGUGUGGUUUUCUGUGCGUGUAAAUGUGUGUGCGUGCAUGCGAGAGAUUGUAUAUGUGUGUCUGUCUGUGUCUGUGCCUUCUCAGCUUAUGGAUUGGCAUGUUGAGGUGUAUGCUGUAUGUGUGUGGACUUUUUACUCUCUUUGUUGACUUGGUCAUUCUGCUUCAAUGUCCGUUGGUGUUGCUUCAUCACACCUUCGUUCAUUCUUCGUCUGUAUGACGUGUACAUUUUUGUCCUAAUGUUUUUUGAUUGAGCAUGUUUUUGAGUGGAAGCGAACGCAGCUGUGUGUCCCCUCCCCCAUCGGAGCACCAGUGUCUAUGUGCUUUGUUCAUAUUUUUCUAUCAUGAUAACAUUAUGUCAUAGUGCUGGCACAUCUGAAUACAAUAAUAAUAUACUAGAUAUACUGCAUAUCAUACACAGCAUAGUAUUAUUAUACUACAUAACAUACCUACAUGGUUGGACUACGAUUCGCACUCCAUCAUUCUAGCUAAUUCCUAAGCCAAGUCUACUUGUACCCGCUUUCUUUGCUAAUAGUGUUCUCUCAAAUCCUUUGGGUUACAAAAAGAGUUGAGUCACAAACGA